UUGAAGCAGAGGUUGUACCUAAUACUACUAGUAUUGAAGAUUGAAGAAGUUAUCUGAUUUCUCAUUUCCAGUGAAAAAUUAUUAGAGAAAUAUAAUGGCUACCAGCAUCACCGCUUGUACCACAACCUCUUCAGUCGCCCGUGCAUCUCCUUAUGUUCUCGGGUUGCCAGCCAUGAGGAAGAAUAUGGAAAAGGUGAAAUGUUCAAUGGAAAGAAAGGAAGUAAGGCAAGAGUCAAAAUUAGGAAUGUGUGGAUCAUUGGUGGCAGCAGCAACAAUAUCAAUUAGCCCAUCAGCAAUGGCUUUAGUGGAUGAGAGAAUGAGCACAGAAGGAACAGGGCUUCCAUUUGGGCUCAGCAAUAAUCUUCUUGGUUGGAUCCUUUUUGGGGUCUUUGGUUUGAUUUGGUCUCUUUACAUUGUUUACACUUCUAGUCUUGAUGAGGAUGAAGAUUCUGGAAUGUCACUUUGAGCUUCAAUUAAUCAUGACUGAUUAAUUCUAUUAUUCAUAUUGUAUCUAUGAACUUCUUCAACUGCUAA